AUGGGACGCCCUUUUACCCAGCAUGCACUGCUCUUGCUGCAGUGCAUGCUGGUCCUGCGGCCUGCGAGCGUGGCCUGUAGGAGAGGGCCAGUGCUGCUGCCUGAGUCACCCUGUCACAAGAUGGAGCACCCACUCGUCCCACACUCAGAGAUGGAGCCGUGGAUCUUCAGGUUCAAGGCGGAGGGCACAGUGGAUUACUCUCAGCUGACCUUUGACCCCGGCCAGAACGAACUGAUCGUCGGUGCCAGAAAUCACCUGUUCAGGCUGAAUCUGGAAGACCUGACACUGAUCCAGGAGGCUGAGUGGCACUGCGAUGAGUUCACCAAGGGAGCCUGCUUCAGCCGUGGAAAAUCUGAGGAGGAAUGCCAGAACUACAUCAGGGUGCUGCUGGUGAACGGGAACAGGCUGUUUACCUGUGGAACCAACGCCUUCACCCCCAUCUGCACCAACCGAACGUUGACAAAUCUGACAGAGAUCCACGAUCAGAUCAGUGGGAUGGCGCGCUGUCCCUACAACCCGCUGCACAACUCCACCGCCCUCAUCACCUCCAGCGGGGAGCUCUAUGCCGCCACUGCCAUGGAUUUCUCCGGGCGAGAUCCUGCCAUCUACCGCAGCCUGGGCGGCCUCCCACCGCUGCGCACGGCCCAAUACAACUCCAAGUGGCUCAAUGAACCCAACUUCGUCUCCUCCUACGACAUCGGCAACUUCACCUACUUCUUCUUCCGAGAAAACGCGGUGGAGCACGACUGCGGCCGCACAGUGUUUUCCCGCGCCGGGCGAGUCUGUAAGAACGAUAUCGGCGGACGCUUCCUCCUGGAGGACACGUGGACGACCUUUAUGAAAGCAAGGCUGAACUGCUCCCGACCCGGAGAGAUCCCCUUCAACUACAACGAGCUGCAGGGAACCUUCUACCUGCCAGAGCUGGAGCUGCUCUACGGCAUUUUCACCACCAACGUGAACAGCAUUGCUGCAUCUGCGGUGUGUGCCUUCAACCUCAGUGCCAUCACACAGGCUUUCAACGGGCCCUUCAAGUACCAGGAGAACUCGCGGUCGGCCUGGCUGCCGUACCCCAACCCCAACCCGGACUUUCAGUGCGGCACCAUCGACUCGGGCACCUACGUGAACCUGACCGAGAGAAACCUGCAGGACGCCCAGAAGUUCUUGCUGAUGCACGAGGUGGUCCAACCCGUGGUUCCCGUGCCCUACUUCAUGGAGGACAAUGUGCGCUUCUCUCAUGUGGCCGUGGAUGUGGUGCAGGGGAAAGACAUGCUGUUUCACAUCAUCUACCUGGCGACUGACUAUGGUACUAUCAGGAAAGUGCUGUCCCCUCUCAAUCAGUCCACGGGGAGCUGCCUGCUGGAGGAGAUCGAGCUGUUCCCGCCCAGGAAGAGGCAGCCGAUCCGAAGCCUGCUGAUCCUCCACAGCCGCAGCGAGCUUUACGUGGGUGUGAGGGACCAGGUCAUCAAGAUCCCGCUGAAGAGAUGCAGCUACCACAAGAGCCGGGAAGCAUGUGUGGGGGCCAGGGACCCGUACUGUGGCUGGGAUCUGUUGCUGAAGAAAUGUACCACCCUGGAGGAAAGCGUCCGGAUGAGCCAAUGGGAGCAGAGCAUCACCAAAUGCCCCAUCCGUAAUGUGACGAUCGAUGGAGGCUUCGGAGCCUGGUCCGGCUGGUCCAUGUGCAGCCACACUGACGGUGGGAGUGCGGGGGCCUGUCUGUGUCGGACGCGAGCCUGUGACCACCCGGCCCCUCAGUGCGGGGGCCAGCACUGCCACGGGAUCAGUGUGGAGGUUGCAAACUGCUCCAGAAACGGCGCGUGGACUCCCUGGACUCUCUGGUCUCCCUGCAGCACCAGCUGCGGCAUCGGCUUCCAGGUCCGUCAGCGCUCCUGCAGCAACCCGACCCCUCGCCACGGAGGGCGAGUGUGUGUGGGCCAGAACCGCGAGGAGAGGUACUGUAACGAACACCUGCCCUGCCCGCCUCAUGUCUACUGGUCGGCCUGGUCGGCAUGGGAACGCUGCAACGUGCCUUGUGGCGGAGGCGUCCAGUCGCGACGCAGAACCUGCGAGAACGGCAACGACUGCCCCGGGUGUGGUCAGGAGCACCAGUCGUGCAACACCCUGCCGUGUCCCGACCUGAAGAAGACCACGCCCUGGACUCCCUGGACGCCCGUCAACAUCUCCGACAACGGCGGGCACUACGAGCAGCGCUUCCGCUACACCUGCAAAGCUCGCAUCCCGGACCCCAGCCUCCUGGAAGUGGGGAGGCAGAGGAUCGAGAUGCGCUACUGCUCCAGCGACGGCUCCACGGGCUGCUCCACCGACGGUGAGGUGCUCCGUCUCGGGAGGAUGUCAGGCCACACGUUGAACGGCGGAUGGUCGCUAUGGGGUUCCUGGUCCCAGUGCAGCCGGGACUGCAGCCGGGGGAUCCGCAGCCGGAAGAGGACCUGCAGCAGCCCAGAGCCCAAGUACGGAGGUCAGACCUGCCUCGGGGCGGCGCAGGAGUAUCAGGAGUGUAACAUCACCCCCUGUCCAGUGGACGGCAGCUGGUCGUGCUGGUCUUCAUGGUCCAAGUGCUCCGUGACGUGUGGGGGGGGACACUACAUGCGGACGCGAAACUGCAACAACCCCCCGCCGGCUCAUGGAGGGGACAUCUGCCUGGGCCUGCACACUGAGGAGGCACUCUGCAGCACACAAGCCUGUCCAGAGAGCUGGUCCAGCUGGUCCGAGUGGUCCCACUGCGACUCCAACGGAGCCCAGCUGCGUGUGCGUCACUGCGAUGUCCUGUUUCCCACUGGAAACCAGUGCUCGGGAAACACCAGCGAAACAAGGCCAUGCCCUCCUGACUCCAAUUUUAUACCAGAAGUCUCCAUUGCACACUCCAGUCAGGAAGAGAGGCGCUGCGGAGAUUUCAACCUCUUCCACAUGAUCGCCGUGGGGCUCAGCAGCUCCGUCCUGGGCUGCCUGGUCACGCUGCUCGUCUACUCGUACUGCCAGCGCUACCAGCAGCAGUCGCACGACGCCACUGUCAUCCACCCCAUCUCGGCCGCCCCCCUCAACACCAGCAUCACCAACCACAUCAACAAGCUGGACAAAUAUGACUCGGUGGAAGCCAUCAAGGCCCUCAACAAAAACAACCUGAUCCUGGAGGAAAGAAAUAAGUACUUCAACCCACAGCUCGCAGGGAAGACCUACACCAACGCAUACUUCGCCGACCUCAACACCUACGACGACUAUUAACUUCAGAUUCUGCAGUUCAGACUCCUGGGGGGGGGGACACCGACCUCAUCAUCCAUUUCCACUGUAUUCUUUUCUUUGUGCUUUGUAUUGAGAUUCGUGACACCCUGCGUGGGACAGUCCCACUCUGAGACUCUAUGGCAGCUGGUAUGUAAUGAAAACACAGACACACGUUGUUGCCCACGGAGGGAAACCCACCUUCUCUCAGGUGCCUUGGGGUACAAUUGGAAAGCUCUUUUUUUUUUUGUGGACUGGGGGGCAAAUCUCGCCCUUGCCUCUCGCUGGGAAACGGACAGCUGGAUUUCCCAACAUGGACAAGAAGGGAAAAAUGAAAACUCUAAAGUGACUGUGGGAAACGUGAUUCCCUUUUAACUUUUCCUGUGACGCCUCGACAACUGACUUGUGUUUGUUAUGAGGGAAAUAACCACAAAACUGGCUUUGCAUGAUUUCAUCCCGACGUGUUUUUCUCUGCUGUUCUGUUUUAUUUUGCAUGAUUGAGCGCAUUCCAGGUUGUUUGGGGACUAGUGGCUGGGCUUAGGUUCAGGGCCGGUAUCGGAAGUGUAUGGAAAAACAAAGGCUGCGGUGAUGUCUGGGGGCGUCGACCAUUUACUGCUGCAGACAGAUCAAUAUUCAACCCAGUCCCUGAAUCAGGAUGUAGAUAUUUGAAUUUUUUUGGUCAAGUUUUUUUUUUUUUCUUU